AUGUUCUGUUCACCAAAUGAAACAUCAACUGGUGGUGGCAUGACAGUUUGGACUGAAAAUGGGUUUACAUUAUGUUUCUUUGAUACUCUUACAACAUCAAUUUUAUUUGGUUUUAUGUUUCUUUUUGGUUUAAUUCAAUUCAUUUUUUAUAAACUAUAUGGAUUUAAGAUUGAACGAGAAUAUAUUGAUUCAUCAGUUUUGUAUUAUAUUCAAGUUACAUUAACAGUUUUAUUAGCAUGUGAACCAACAUUACUGUACGCAACUGAAACAACAGCACUUGGAAAAACAAAAAUUGCAAGUUAUACCAUAUUUCGCUGUGUUCUUCGUACGAUUGCUUGGUUGCUUUCAUUAAUAAUUCUUCGUGUCGAGCGAACUAAAACAAUGCCAACAGCUCAAUCACGUGGACAUGGUUUGAUCAUACUUAUAUUUUGGUGUUUAUCGGUUCUGAUUGAAAUAUUCGCAUUGAUAUCUUAUCGUUCACCAUUUUGGUUUUUUCAAACAAUUGUUCAAAAUAAAACAUCAGCUGACGAAAUACAUUUAGUUCGUUUUGGUUAUUGGAUAUUUCGACUAAUUGCAACAGUAUUUAUAUUUUCUAUUGGUCUACGUGCACCAGGUGUACCACGAAGACGUUAUGCUAUUUUGUUAAAUCGAUCUCAUUCACAAAUUGAAGAAGAAAAAGAAAAAGAAAAUGUUUGGUCUAAAUUUUUCCGACAUUUUAAAACUUUAGCACCAUUCAUAUGGCCACGCGGACAUUAUGGUUUACAAUGUAAUAUCAGUAUUUGCGUUUUGAUACUUUUAUCAGGUCGAUUACUUUCAAUAGAAGUACCAAGAUAUACAAAAUUAAUUACUGAUGAAUUAAUUCAAUCAAGUAAUGGUACAACCGAUACAUUGUUCAAUCUUGGCGCUCGAUUACGUUCACCAAACACUUGGCCAUGGAGAUUGGUAUUAGUUUUAAUGGUUGUUCGGUUUUUACAAGGUUCUGGUGGAUUUGGCUCAGGAGCACUAAGUAUCAUACGAUCAACCCUAUGGACGAAAGUUGAGCAAUAUACAACACGUUCAUUAAAAAUUCGAGUAUUUUCACAUUUACAUGACUUAUCACUACGCUGGCAUUUAUCACGAAAAACUGGUGAAGUAUUACGUAUUGUUGAUCGUGGCACAGAUUCAGUUGAUUCAUUACUUAACUAUGUAGUAUUUAGUAUAUUUCCAACAAUAGCAGAUAUUAUCAUUGGUAUUGUUUAUUUCGUUGUUCAAUUUAAUAUUUGGUUUGGUAUAAUUGUAUUUGCAACAAUGUUUAUCUAUCUUGUGCUAACAAUUUUUAUAACGGAAUGGCGUACAAAAUAUAAAAAAGAAAUGAAUAAACUAGAUAAUGCUAUGAGUGCGACUGCUGUUGAUUCGUUACUUAAUUUUGAAACUGUGAAAUAUUAUGGUGCAGAAGAAUAUGAAGUGACACAAUAUCGUGAUGCGAUAGGAAAAUAUCAAAAGGCUGAAUGGGUAAAUCAAUUAACGUUACAAUUAUUAAAUUUUGUUCAAUCAAUUUUAAUUGGUAUUGGUUUAACAAUUGGUUCACUUUACUGUGCUUGGCUUGUUAGUGCUAAACAUGAAUUAACUGUUGGUGAUUAUGUUUUAUUUGGUACAUAUAUACUUCAAUUAUAUACACCAUUGAAUUUUUUUGGUACUUAUUAUCGUCUAAUACAACAAGCAUUUAUUGACAUGGAAAAUAUGCUUGAUUUACUUGAUAUCAAACCCGAUGUACAAGAUUCACCACUUGCUAAAGAUAUUGUUAUUAAUAAUGGAAUGAUUGAAUUUGAUAAUGUUUGUUUUCAUUAUCAACCAGAACGGCCAAUUCUUAAAAAUAUUUCAUUUAAUAUUUUACCUGGACAAACUUUAGCUAUUGUUGGACCCUCAGGAGCAGGAAAAAGUACGAUUGUUCGUCUACUCUUUCGUUUUUAUGAUAUUCAAAGUGGUUCGAUCAAGAUUGAUGGAACAGAUAUUUCAAAUAUAACGCAAAAUUCACUUCGCCGUUCGAUUGGUGUUGUCCCACAAGAUACGGUCUUAUUUAAUAAGGAUGUUUUAUACAAUAUUCGUUAUGGUCGAGUCUCAGCAACAGAUCGAGAAGUUGAAAAUGCUGCACGUACUGCUGAAAUGCAUGAUCGUAUCAAUACAUUUCCUGAAGGAUAUAAAACAAUUGUAGGUGAACGUGGUUUGAAAUUAUCUGGCGGUGAAAAGCAACGCGUAGCCAUUGCUCGAACACUUCUCAAAGCACCGGCUGUAGUUUUACUAGAUGAAGCAACGUCAGCACUUGAUACAUUCACUGAACGCCAAAUUCAGUCAGCAUUAAGAAGUGUUUGUGAAGGACGUACAACAUUAAUUGUUGCUCAUCGUCUAUCAACUAUUACACAUGCCGAUAUUAUUAUUGUUGUUAGUGAAGGUAGCAUUAUUGAACGUGGUUCACAUGAUGAACUUUUAGCUAAACCCGAUGGUACUUAUGCAGCAAUGUGGAAACAACAAUCAACAUCAUAUUCAGAUGCCGAUAAACCAACGACUACCAGUGAUAAUAUUAUAAAUUCAAAAGCAUUCCAUUCAACAGAGAAUCAACAAAAUGAUGAUCAUUAG